AUGAACAAACACUUCUUAUUGAUCUUCUUCAUUUGCUGCCUCGUUGUGGCAGCAACAUCACUUAGGUGCAUAACGUGCCACCUUCGUACACAGACAGACCACUGUAGAAGAGGUUUUGGUGUCUGUGUUGCUCAGAAGCAGGAGUCAUGCAUGCUCUUACAGAUCUUUGAGGAUGAUGCUCUCCAGAUAUCAUAUAUGGUGUGUCAGAAAUUCUGCAGAAACUUGACAUUUGAUCUCAAGAAUCGAACUUACGUUCAUAAAUGCUGUAACUACAAUUACUGUAACUUCAAAAUCUAA